AUGGGGGCACCGGCGGCCGCGGGGGGCCCGGCGCUCGGCGCGCUCCUGGCGCUGCUCCUGCUGGGCGCCGCCGGCGCGGCUCGCCAGGGGCUGCAAGUCAUCGACCUGCUCCUGGUGAGCGAGGCCCGGCAGAUGGCCAGCAUCACGCACAAAAUCCGGAUGGAGCUCCUGACGGUGAACGACGUUUUCCUCCUCUCCACCUUCCGCCUGCCCCCCAAGCAGGGGGGGACCCUCUUUGGCCUCUACUCCAAAAAGGACAACACGAGGUGGCUGGAGGUGUCCGUGGUGGGGAAGAUCAACAAGGUGCUGGUGCGCUACCUGCGGGAAGACAACAAGCUCCACUCGGUCAACCUGCAGCACGCGCACGUGGCGGACGGGCAGAGCCACACGGUGAUCGUGCGCCUGAGCGGGCUGCGUGGGGACAUGCUGAGCGUGGAGCUCUACGUGGACUGCAAGCAAGUGGACUCUAGCGUGGGGCUGCCCGAGCUGUCCGAGAUCCCCCUGGCAGAGGUGGAGUCGAUCGAGGUGCGCACAGGACAGAAGGCCUACCAGAGGAUGCAGGGGUUCGUGGAGUCCAUGAAGCUGAUUCUGGGAGGCUCCAUGAGCCGAGUCGGGGCCCUGAGCGAGUGUCCGUUCCAGGGAGAUGAAUCCAUUCACAGCGCAGUGACAAGCGCGCUGGCCUCCAUCCUGGGCGAGCAGACCAAGGCGCUGGUCACGCAGCUGACCCUCUUCAACCGCAUCCUGACAGACCUGCGAGAAGACAUUAGGGACCAGGUGAAGGAGAUGUCCCUGAUCCGCAACACCAUCAUGGAGUGCCAGGUCUGCGGCUUCCAUGAGCACCGUUCUCGCUGCAACCCCAACCCCUGCUUCAGCGGCGUGGACUGCAUGGAGACAUACGAGUACCCUGGGUACCGCUGCGGGCCCUGUCCGCCGGGCCUGGAGGGCAACGGCACACACUGCGUCGACAUCGAUGAGUGCGCUCAUGCCAACCCCUGCUUCCCCGGCUCGAAGUGCAUCAACACGGCACCUGGCUUCCGCUGUGAGCCCUGUCCCCGUGGCUAUCGGGGCAACACCGUCUCUGGCGUGGGGGCCGACUAUGCGAAGGCCAGCAAGCAGGUUUGCACAGAUAUUGAUGAAUGUAACGAUGGGAACAAUGGUGGCUGCGACCCCAACUCCAUCUGCACCAACACGCCGGGCUCCUACAAAUGUGGCCCCUGCAAGUCAGGGUUUGUGGGGAAUCAGACGUCCGGCUGCAUCCCGCAGCGGUCCUGCAGCACUCCCACCUCCAACCCUUGCGACAUCAACGGCUUCUGCAUGUUCGAGAGGAACGGUGAAAUUUCCUGUGCGUGCAACGUGGGCUGGGCUGGCAACGGCAAUGUGUGUGGGGAAGACACGGACCUCGACGGCUACCCUGAUGAGCCCCUGCCCUGCAUCGACAACAACAAGCACUGCAAGCAGGACAACUGCCGCCUGACGCCGAAUUCAGGGCAGGAGGACGCCGACAACGAUGGCAUCGGGGACCAGUGUGAUGAUGACGCAGAUGGUGAUGGCAUCAAGAACGUGGAGGACAACUGCCGGCUCUUCCCCAACAAAGACCAGCAGAAUUCGGACACCGACUCCUUUGGGGAUGCCUGCGACAACUGCCCCAACGUGCCCAAUAAUGACCAGCGGGACACGGACAGCAAUGGCGAGGGGGACGCUUGUGACAAUGACAUCGAUGGGGACGGAAUUCCCAACAUGCUGGAUAACUGCCCCAAGGUGCCCAACCCGCUGCAGACAGACCGGGACGAGGACAGCGUUGGGGAUGCCUGUGACAGUUGCCCUGAAAUGAGCAACCCAACUCAGACAGAUAUGGACAGUGACCUGGUAGGGGACAUCUGUGACACCAACGAGGACAGUGAUGGGGACGGGCAUCAGGACACCAAGGACAACUGCGCUGAGAUCCCCAACAGCUCCCAGCUGGACUCAGACAAUGAUGGGCUGGGGGACGACUGUGACAAUGAUGAUGAUAACGAUGGCAUCCCUGACUACACACCACCCGGCCCGGAUAACUGCCGCCUGAUCCCCAACCCCAACCAGAAGGAUUCGGAUGGGAACGGCGUGGGUGACGCGUGCGAGGAGGACUUCGACAACGACACAGUGAUCGACCAGCUGGACGUGUGCCCGGAGAGCGCCGAGGUGACGCUGACCGACUUCCGCGCCUACCAGACCGUCAUCCUGGACCCCGAGGGGGAUGCGCAGAUUGAUCCCAACUGGGUUGUCCUCAACCAGGGCAUGGAGAUUGUGCAGACCAUGAACAGCGACCCAGGCUUGGCUGUUGGCUACACAGCUUUCAACGGGGUGGACUUUGAGGGCACCUUCCACGUCAACACCGUCACCGACGAUGACUACGCUGGCUUCAUCUUCAGCUACCAGGACAGCGCCAGCUUCUACGUGGUGAUGUGGAAGCAGACGGAGCAGACGUACUGGCAGGCCACCCCCUUCCGUGCCGUGGCCGAGCCGGGGCUGCAGCUCAAGGCGGUGAAGUCCUCGACGGGCCCCGGCGAGCACCUGCGCAACGCGCUAUGGCACACGGGCCACACGCCCGAGCAUGUCCGCCUGCUGUGGAAGGACCCGCGCAACGUGGGCUGGAGGGACAAGACAUCGUACCGCUGGCAGCUGGUGCACAGGCCCCAGGUGGGCUACAUCAGGGUCCGGCUGUACGAAGGCCCGCGGCUGGUGGCGGACUCGGGGGUGAUCAUCGACACCACCAUGCGCGGGGGGCGGCUGGGGGUCUUCUGCUUCUCCCAGGAGAACAUCAUCUGGUCCAACCUGCAGUACCGCUGCAACGACACGAUCCCCGCAGACUUCGAGCCCUUCCGCCGGUUCCUGCUGGAGGGCCGCGAGUGA